UUGGAAAAUCAAUCGAUCUAUCUGGGCUUGGAAAUUGGAUGCUUGAGAUCGCCGACUCUUGUUUGUUAAGGUUUUCUAAAUCGAUGAAUCCAUGGUCUGAUCUACGAACGAAUAACAACUAAAACUAACUCUGCAAUCAGGGCGGUGCCGUUGAAUUCCGCAAUGGCAUCAUCGGCGGCGCCUAAUGUCGAUCUCUUCGAUGCUUAUUUUCGACGCGCCGAUUUGGAUCGAGAUGGCCGUAUCAGCGGUGCUGAAGCUGUGUCCUUCUUCCAAGGUUCCGGUUUAUCCAAGCAGGUUCUCGCGCAGAUUUGGGCAUUUGCAAACCAAAGCCAAAGUGGUUAUCUAGGGCGGGCAGAGUUUUAUAAUGCCCUUAAACUUGUGACUGUGGCACAAAGUAAGCGAGAACUAACCCCUGAAAUGGUAAAAGCAGCAUUGUAUGGCCCAGCUGCAUCUAAGAUUCCCGCACCUCAAAUUAAUUUCAGUGCUACUGUUGCACCCCCAUUGAGUUCUUCUGUUUCUGCACCUGCACCUGCACCAGCACCAGCACCAGCACCAGCACCAGCACCUGCACCUGCACCUGCACCUGCACCUGCACCUGCACCACAGAUUAAUCCUGUACCCCACCAAAAUCUUGGACUAAGAGGGGCAGUUCCGAAUUUGAGUGCAAACCAGCAAAACUUUCCUUCUCAGGGAAGUCAGUUAGUAAGGCCUCUGCAAAAUUUGUCUGCUUCUGCUUCUGCUCCUAAUCUAGCACCCGGUGUUGCCACCACUCAAGGAAUCUCUGGAGUGGUGGGUGUUGGUGGAAUUCGACCUCAAGCCCUCGGUGUCUCAAGUUAUGGGUCCACUGGCAAGAUGGGUGGAGCUCCAGAAGUAACUUCCUCUCCAGUUGCAGCUAGAGGAAGCGGUCCCGCAUCAACACAGGACAUGUUUGGGCUUGGAAUGUCUGGAUCAAAUGUUGCACAGUCACCUAGACAAUAUCCUGCCUCUGGCACACAGCCAUCAGAUCAAGUGGUUAAGGAUUCUAAAUCAGUGGAUAAUUCUGUGAACGGUUUUGGUUCUGAUUCAUUUUUUGGGGGGGAUAUGUUCUCAGCUAGCUCAUUUCAGCCAAAGCAAGAUUCUUCUCCGCAAGGAUUUUCAUCUGGUAGUUCUCUGCUUUCUUCAGCUAUUGUUCCUGUAUCUGGAGGGAACCAGCAAUCUAGUAGGCCUGGUGCACCUCCUGCUUCACAGAGCUCACUUGCAACCCGGCCUGUUGGUGCACAGCUUCAGCAGACCCAACCGGUGGUGAAACAAAAUCAGCAUGCUUCGCACCAGACACGUAAUAUGAUGAAUUCAGCUGGACUUCCAGCGAGAUUGCAAGAUUCUGCUUCCGGUCAGGCACAAUCUUUCUGGCCAAGGAUGACUCCGACUGAUGUUCAGAAAUAUACAAAAGUAUUCAUGGUAGUAGACACGGAUAGAGAUGGGAAAAUUACUGGGGAACAGGCCCGGAACUUGUUUCUUAGUUGGAGAUUACCAAGGGAGGUUUUACAGCUGGUCUGGGACUUAUCUGAUCAAGAUAAUGAUAGCAUGCUUUCUCUCAGGGAGUUUUGUAUUGCGCUGUACCUAAUGGAGCGACACAGAGAAGGACGUGCUCUUCCAGGAGUACUACCAAGUAACAUUGUGCUUGAUUUACCACCUGCUGGUCAACCUCCCACUCUCUACACUCCUGUAACUUGGGGGAACCCAUCAGGUUUUCUACAACAACAAGGGAUGACUGGUUCUGGUGCCCGACAAGUAAACCCUGCUGCAGGUCGGCCGCCAAGGCCGGCUGUUGUCCCUCAGCCUGAUGAAGAACCUCAGAACAAGCAGCCGAAGUCCAGAGUUCCAGUCUUGGAGAAGCACCUCAUAAAUCAGCUGAGUUCAGAUGAGCAAACUUCUAUUAAUUCAAAGUUUCAAGAAGCAACCGAAGCUGAUAAGAAGGUGGUAGAACUUGAAAAGGAAAUUGUGGAGUCCAGAGAGAAAAUAGAAUUCUACCGUGCAAAAAUGCAGGAACUUGUUCUAUACAAGAGUAGAUGUGACAAUCGUCUUAACGAGGUCAUAGAAAGGAUAUCUGCUGAUAAACACGAGGUUGAGAUUCUAGCAAAGAAAUAUGAAGAUAAAUAUAAGCAAGUUGGAGAUUUAUCAUCCAAGUUAACUACUGAGGAAGCCACAUUUCGUGACGUACAGGAGAAAAAAAUUGAAUUGUAUCAAGCAAUUGUCAAGAUGGAACAGGAUGGAAAGGCCGAUGACACUCUAAAGGCUCAUGUUUAUCGUAUCCAAUCAGAGCUUGAUGAGCUGGUGAAAUCUCUGAAUGAGCGGUGCAAGAAGUAUGGAUUACGUGCAAAGCCCACAACAUUAGUUGAGCUACCCUUUGGCUGGCAACCUGGUAUCCAAGAAGGAGCUGCUGACUGGGAUGAGCAUUGGGAUGAGCUUGAAGAUAAAGCAGAAUUUACUUUUGUCAAAGAACUCACUCUUGAUGUGCAAAACAUCAUCGCACCUCCAAAACAAAAAUUGCCGUCAGCUGUGAACAGGAAAGCUUUGGAAACUGACAGUCCAACAUCUGCAGCUUCACCUAAGGGUGAUGAUAAGUUAGAAAAGCCCCAGAGUCCAACAUUUGCAGCUUCACCUAAGGGUGAUGAUAAGUCAGAAAAGUCCCAGACUACAGAUGAGCGGGAAAUUGGCAAUGGAUCUGUUUAUAAUAAAAGUGAAGAUGGAUCUGCAAAAAGUGCUCCUAAUAGUCCAUUUGCAAGCAGUGCUAUCGGAAGCCCCCAUAAGUACUUUGCUGAUUCUGAUAUUAUGAAGACUGCUGGUGAAGAUAGCUCACUCCGUGAUCAAGAUACCAUACAAGAAACACAAAGUGACCGUAGCGGUGUCAAGUCUUUGUUUUCUGGAGACAAAAUUUUUGAUGAACCAAAUUGGGGAACCUUUGACGCUAAUGAUGAUAUUGAUUCAGUUUGGGGAUUCAAUGCCAAUAGCAUCGUUAAGGAGGAGAGAGAUCUUGACAGAGCUGGAGACAACUAUUUCUUUGAUUCUGGGGAACUGGGCCUCAACCCAAUUAGAACAGGUUCACCGCAGGCUAGCAAUCUCUUCCAGAGGAGCAGUGGAUUCAGUUUUGAUGAUUCUGUUCCAAGCACUCCCCUUUUCAGUUCAAGCAGCUCACCCCAAAGGCCCAAAGAGUGGUCAGAAACUGCUUUUGACAGUAGCUUCUCAAGAUUUGAUUCUUUCAGAACACAUGAUAGUGUAUCUUUACCUGCUCAGGGGCCCCCAGAACGAUUUGAUUCAGUCCGCAGCACUACGGAUUUUGAUCAUGUUCAUGGCUUUCCAGCUUUUGAUGACUCGGAUCCCUUUGGCUCUGGGCCGUUUAGGACUUCAUCAGAAAGUCAAACUCCAAGAAGAGGAUCUGAUAAUUGGAGUGCUUUUUAGUUUUAGUAAUUCUACCGUACGUGCAUUUUUUCUGUCUUCAGGCCUUCCUACUGUUGGCUUUGUUGGAGUGGGUUUUUUGUGUUGCUAUUUGGAACCCUCUUAUUUGUAAUGUAUUCUUUUGUAUGUAACCCUGUGUAUUCCUUGUUCCUCACUUUUUCUUUGGGGAGGGCGCGGGGUUGUGUCUAGCCCAGCAAUCCCACUUCCUUUGUUAAAUUGAAAGUGAAGGUCUGUUUAUAUUUUUGGCUGUUGGUUGAUAAUUUUUCCCGAAUCCCGUUGAAGAGAUCUCCAUCUGAAGAGAUUGUGGUAUUGAUUACUUUCUCAUUUGAGUGUUGUUUAA